AUGGUUCUGCACAUGGUUCUGGACAUGGGUCUGGACAUGGGUCUGGACAUGGGUCUGGACAUGGGUCUGGACAUGGGUCUGGACAUGGGUCUGGACAUGGGUCUGGACAUGGGUCUGGACAUGGGUCUGGACAUGGGUCUGGACAUGGGUCUGGACAUGGGUCUGGACAUGGGUCUGGACAUGAGUCUGGACAUGGGUCUCAGGUAUAAAAAAAAUCUCAAAGCCUUUUACUUCGUCCACCCUUCGUUUCGUUCCAAGGUCUCGACUUGGUUUUUCACCACCUUCAGCGUGUCCGGGAUCAAAGAGAAAGUGCGUUACCUUGACAACCUGCAGCAGCUCUUCACCUGCAUCAGACCAGAGCAGAUCGACAUCCCUCCGUUUGUACUCGAGUACGACGCCCGGGUGAACGGGCCUCACAGGAGACCUCAGUCCGAGCGGGUCCAGACCAGUCCAGACCAGUCCAGACCCACUCCGGCGUCGGCCCCGGUGCGUGGAGGAGCAGCAGGUGUCUCUGUGUGUUUUCCCAUCAUCCUCUCUGCCUCUACUCAGAAAAAACACCUGUUCCGAGAAUCCACGCUUUCUUUUCCGCUGUCACGUCCGCUCGCCAACCAGGCUGGCCUCCGCGAUAAUCCCCACGCCUCGGGUUGGUGGAUUAGAGAUGAAGAGGAUGCUGAGAGGAAGAGGGGGUGCGGCGAACCGGCGGACUGUCGGCGGGAAGGAGGAAAGGGCAAAAACACCGGAGAUAGCACCGGCGUCCUCCACCACCAGCGCGGGCGAGGGAAGACUCGGCGCGCAAACUGGCCCGCGGAGGAGCUCGGCACCGCGUUUGGAGAACGUGUUCUGACUCUGGGCACUAACAGGAGUCCAGUCCCUGUGCUCCUCAGAGUCCCAGCAGGAGUCCAGUCCCUGUGCUCCUCAGAGUCCCAGCAGGAGUCCAGUCCCUGUGCUCCUCAGAGUCCGGGCUGGUUCAUAUGGGACUAA